UUCGCGUUGAGCCACAAAUGUCUGCUGGCCUGGAGCGACUACUUGGGCCUAAAAGCUUGGCCUCAGUUGUUCGCGAUGUGCCGCGGAGUGCAGUAGAUGGUGGAAGUGCAGGUGGCGCCUCUUUGAAGGUAUAGUGCAGAGUGCGUGUGCAGGUGUGAUUGACAGGUGAGGAGCAGGCAGGUCAUUAACGAGUUAGCUUCGUGGCAUGACAGUUUGGUGAGAACGUUGUGCUUGUUCCUGACUGGCUAUUAGCCAGUGAACGGUGGUAGGAUUUGCUGCGUUACGACGACCACAACGGCGGUGGAGAGAGACAUCAGCGGUGCUGAACCGACUGCCGUGGGCCAAGGCGAAGAACAGCCUGGGAGGCCCCGAGCCGUCCAGCGCCCAAGAUGGUUCAGCAAUACCAAGGUCCGGUCCGGGUGUACAAGUACCCGUUUGAGUUGGUCAUGGCUGCGUACGAACGACGGUUUCCAACCUGCCCAAUGAUUCCGAUCAUGCAUAGUUCGGAUAUCAUUCUCGAGGAGGUUUCGCCCGACAGCUCGACACGGAAGCUGCAACGACGCUGUCAGCUACACUUCGAUGUGCCAUACCUAUUAAAGAAAGUAAUGGGUGUCGAGUACUUAUUGUUCAUCCAACAGAACAUCCUUGACCGCCGUAACCGCACCCUUCGAAUCGAUGCCUGGAAUGAGUCGUUUGCUGGACGUGUGACUAUUAAGGAAUUAUGUGUCUACUCCGUACACCCGGAGAAUCCCAACUGGACGUGUUUCGAACAGAGUGCGUCACUUGAUAUGAAAUCGUUUUUCGGCUUCGAAUCGACGGUGGAGAAAAUUGCGAUGAAACAGUAUUCGGCCGACAUCGCCAAAGGCAGGGAAAUUAUUGAGCAUUAUAUUAAGGAGCUGAAAAAUGAAGGCAUCACCCACGUCGAGCGCUGGGUCGAUCCAAGUUUCAAUGGUGCUGUCGCAGAAGCCACGGUGACCGCGACAACAACGACAACAACAUCAACAACGACAGAAGCGAAUGGUUCCGCAGCAAUGGAUACGGUAAAGGAAACACCGAUCACCGUUCCAAAGGAAAAGGAGCCGCUGUCGAGAAAGAAAUCCGACGAUCCAACCCUCCGUAAACACCUGCCACUCGAGCGUGAACAUUCGGUCCUAAAGGAUAUAGAGUCGGAUCCACAUAUGAAGUUAGAUUCGGAUUAUAUAGAGAAAUGCUUAGGUCAUCUUACUCCAUUUCAAGAAUCGAAUUUGGUAAUGCUCAAAAACUGGAUGGCGGAGAGCCACCAGGGCAAAGUACCCUCUGAUGAGAUGCUUAUCCGUUUCCUAAAGGCGCGCGAUUUUAAUCAGGAGAAGGCUCGCGAGAUGCUUUGCGAAUCACUCGUGUGGCGUAAAAAGUACGCAGUGGACAAAAUCCUGCAGAACUAUCAAAUACCGAAGAUUGUCAAAGAGUACCUGCCCGGUGCGUGGCACUACAGCGAUAAAAACGGCCGGCCUGUAUAUGUGCUCCGGCUCGGUCAGAUUGACAUCAAGGGCUUCAUUAAAUCGAUAGGUCAGGAGGGUGUUAUGAAGUUGGUUCUGCAUAUCUGCGAGCAGGGCCUACAGCUCACGGAGGAGGCGACGCGAAAGCUCGGCAAACCCGUGAGAUCGUGGACGUGCCUACUCGACCUCGAAGGACUUAAUAUGCGCCAUCUCUGGCGGCCCGGCAUCAAAACAUUGCUCCACAUAAUUGAAGUUGUUGAAGCAAACUACCCCGAAACCAUGGGUCGCUGUUUAGUAACCCGAGCACCACGCGUGUUCCCUAUUCUCUGGACAUUGGUCAGUACGUUUAUAAACGAAAACACUCGAGCAAAGUUUAUAUUCGUUGGACCUCAAGGAGAGGGUAUCUCGGACUAUAUCGACCAGAAAUACAUCCCAGAUUUUCUCGGUGGCCAAUGUUCUGUUCAUAUAGCUGAAGGAGGCUUAGUACCAAAAUCGUUCUACAUGACGGAGGAAGAGUACGAACGUGAAAAGGCCGAAUGGGCCGGCGAGUCCAUUUUCUACGACAGCAUGUACCAUUCGGUGUCGCUUAUAAAGAAUCAGCCUGUACAUGAAGUAGUAAUUGACGUUGAGGACGUGAAAAGUGUUCUCUGUUGGGACUUUGACGUCAUUAAGCAGGACGUCACAUUCGCAGUGUUCCGCUGUCCACUGCGGAGCGUGAAGGCGGCCGUUGCCGGAGUUCCAUCGGGCUCCAAAAGUCGUUCAGCCAGCAUCGAAACGGAGGAAGUGGUAUCGCCAACUGGUCCCCAUUCGCCGUUGCCGCUACUGCAGAAUCUGCAGCUCGAACCAGCCGUCGCCGUCAUGCCCAAGGACUGGGUUCCUGGGAAAGAUUAUCAUGUUAUCGAGCAGCCAAUUAAAUGCUGUGACGGUGAAAGUGUGCAGGGUUCGUAUGUCACAUCACUACCGGGAUCCUAUGUCCUACAGUGGAAACGUGCCGGAGGCACGAGUGGCGACUAUUUUGAUUUUGGAAGCGCCAAAUCGAAAGUGAUGUACUAUUGCGAGUUGAUCAGUUCCGUUGAUUACAAAGGAUCCAUGUCGAGUCUACAGUGCGCCCAAAGUGCUGGCACGGGAACGGACGGUGGAGUUCAGCCAUAAUAUGAACGGACAAAUAGAAGAGAAAGCAGUACUACAGUAAAGAAGCGAUCAUACACGACGAUAUAUACAACAACUACAAUAAUAGCAACAAGUGAUCUGAUAACGACAACGGUUAAAGUAGUGCACGUGAAGCCGAUGCUAAAUUAUUAUAUAUGGGACGAUUGAAGGCAAACGAGCGACAAAGAAUAUACCUGAUACGAGCGAAGGAAAAACUGGCAGCGUUCAGUCGUGUUGUAUAUAAUACGUAUGGAAUCGAGAAGUAAAGACGAGGAAAAGGUAGAAGAAAAUAGUUAGCACGGCAAUAGUGACAGCGAGCGACUACCACUACUACUACAUAGAAUUAACUGAUUAAAUAUAUUAUUGCCAUCAUCAUUGCUGGGGUUGUUUUGAUAACCAUGCACAAUCUCCGCUUUUCGGAGAUUCGCGCCAUCUACCAUAUGCACGGGUCUAUGCCACCUUCAGCACCAACUACGACUAGAACAGCGACAGCUUUUUAGGAGCUUAUGGGAGUAACCAACCGAAAUAGCAAAGCACAAACAAAAACUAAACAAAAACUGGCGCGAUAUAAUGUUUUCGCGAACAGCGCUAUGGGCAAAUAGUGAUCGGCUGUGCAAGACACAACGAGAAAUGCCGUUUCAUGAUGGUCACGUCCGGGGUUCUAGAGGCAGUCGACGGAGCGAACCCUGGUGAUUUUCUGGCUUCCUUUAAGGAUAUGCUCCACAUACCUUUCCAUCGGCGCAAGAACAUGCAGCUUUCUUAUAGGACACCUCGUAAAGUAAACCCACGCGAUAGUAGCGCGACAGUUUUCAGAAGGUAGACUUCUACUGAUCGAGGUGAUACUGAUGACAGCAAUAUCGGCGCACAGCUAAAGAUAAACUCUCUGACAGAAACUAAAGAGAGUAGAACGAGUAGCGCAAAUAUUGAAAAAAGGAAGCGACGCACAAAGCACAAGCUCGAAGAGGAGACCUGCCUUUGCAACGGUAGUCGGACAGAGACAACGAGCCGUGUGCGGGGUCCAAACCUGCAUUAAAGUUAUCAUGCUUAACGCAGUAGUGGUGACAGCGGUUGUAGUAGACGGCUAUUGUGAUAGCAGCUGAUUUCAAAAAUCAAGGAAACGUUCAGAAAAUUGCACGCGAAUUGGAUUGGAACAUGGCCGAGGGCGGCGAUCAGCUUGCAAAAACGAGGGAAACAGCUUUACGAUGAACUGCGGCGCGUUCAAAGCAAAUUAAUCAUGAACACGAAGGAAAUGAAGUGAAUGCAAUUGGUAAAAAGUGGUCCUAAAACCUGGGGUAAAAACGCACUUAUUCAUGAUCAAGUGCAGAUGACAAAGCACAUUUAAAGGAAAUGCUUAUGGGACACACACUGUCUUAGAGCCACAGAGCUUCAAACCAAGCGCACGCUGUUAGAGCUCAAUAUACUUAAUGCACUAAGCAAUCGCCGCCAUAAUAUCAGCUUAACAGAAAUGAGAGCGAGGCGACAAUACAAAAUUAAAAGGUCGCAGUAAAACCGUUUGUACCGCAAUCGUCACCUCCGAGUCUCACAGUAAAGUAGCAGUCUUCAGUUGAGCUUGGCUCAUUAAUGUUCUUCACAAAGAUGGUGGUGAUUUGCCCAGUGUGAUUGAUUCAUCAGUUGUGGUUAUCGAUUGGUUAUUUCACUAGCCUAGCCUAAAGCGAACUUCUCCUCGAGAGGAGGCCCUCUUUCGGCGUAACAAUCGGCCUUAAGCAGACAGGCGGGAAAUGCUUGCGUGAAACUUUGUCUACAGUAACAGCCAGCGAGUUUCGUCCACGUGCGUGUGUAUCUGUGUACGUCUACUAAUGGAGCGUAAACAAUUUCAAAGCAGUCAUUUGAAUGGUUCUUAUUACGCUAGCGAUCUGGAUUCUGCCGCAGCUGUGGUAAACAGCGCGAAGUGCCAGUCAAAUUGUUCAACGCAAAAUUUGCCCCUCCCGAGGAACCGUUGAAACUCACACCUGUUGUACGGUAGUCGACUAUGCCUGACGAAAACGAUGCUUCUAUAGCAGUGAGGUCACUCUUGCUGCUACUGUAGUUAUGAUGGCUAUUUCUUGUUAUUACUGUCGCUAACACAGCUUUCCCCCACGAGGUCGGAAUCGGUUUCAUUGCCGCGCCGCUAAUGCCAUCAUUCAAUUGAUUAAUCACUCCAUCGGUAGCUAAAAGCUGCUCCGGUGCUAGCAAGGGCGAUGGCAAUCAAGUCAUCAUCGUUCGACGAUAAUAGGAGAAACAACAUCUACACAAUGAAGAUCUAUAGCAGUAACAACAACAGCUGCUACUAAGGCAGAAGUCGUCGGCAGCAUUGAGGUGUCAACUAUAUUGACGAUAACAAUAACGGUGACAACAAGUUCAGCCGUCGGACACAACAGCGUUACCGAAGGGAUUGUAUUGCUGCAUCGCUUGAGGAAUCGGCGACGCGCCGCAAGCGAGAACGUAGUCGCAAUGUGCAUGUUUGCGUCCCCACAGUUUGUUCAGCCUCACCUCUCUACGAUAACUAUCAAUAUUCCUAGAUCACUUAAUAGUGAAUGGUAUGCUUCUUGUAGAUACGACUCGCUUAGUUUAUAAAUACAUACACAAACACACACAAACAGAUAAGCCAGAAGAUCGACCCAAACAAUGUAACGCGCCGUGAGUGUUCAGUGGCGACAACAAAAUUCACUUAAUGAAUGGAAAAUAAUGGUUGGAGUGAACGUGAAGGAGGAAGGUUACAAUCCGAAUAAUCGAGGAGAUUUAGAGUGGCUGUGACAAGGGAAAGGCAAAUUAAAAAAAAGGCUAGUCGUCGAGAGGGUAAGGAAUAAUCGGGGGAUUCGAUAUAUAGAGAAGACUGGGGUGGAAGAAAUAGGUAAAGAACGACUUGAAGACCUGGUCAGUAACGAGUAACGGGCAACACUUCUAAUUGUAUCAGAUUGAAUCAUCAUAAUUACGAGAACGAUAUUGAAUAUAAUCGCUAUGCUGUAAGAUUUUUCAUUUGGUCCACCGCAAAGCCUGCGGAACGACGGAGACCGUAUACUAAAACGAAAUAAGUAACUUGACAUUUAAUGACCAGAAAAUGGCUUCUGGAAGACUUUGAGGGGUAGAGUGAGGUUGCCUAGAGCCGAUUGAGUAAGAUAUCAUCUAGUACAUACGCAAAGAAAUGUUGGAAGGACAUUAAAGGCACAGGUUGUUGAUGAAACGGAAGAUUUCGCGGAAGACAACAAGCCAAGCGGGAAGUUCUGGUAUGUUACCAUUUUGAUGAGUAUAAACCAUUGAUACGAAUCAUGGGGAAAAAAGAAAUAGAAAAACACAGAAUUACAAACGUACGUUAUCGUAGAGUAAAUUAUAGGAGAGCGAUGUAACAGAUUAUUACAAUCAUUUAUUAUCAUCAUACUACUACCAUACAUAGCAUAUAUUGAAGUAUGUCAGUAGCUUUGUUUUAUGGAAUUGAUAUAUCAGCAAUAGAUGAGGAUGACGUGAAUUUCGUGUUCGUGUGAUCGAAUAUUUUUUACUUGGGACUUUUGUCUGGCCUACUAAGAUUUGUUGUAGGACUAGGAGCGCGCGCGCCUCUGAUUUGGCCUCCAUUUGGGCAAAUUCACUUGUUGCGUGGACUUGUUUGCUUUGCGAUCCGCAGAUUCAUCGACAUUAAAUCUGUGUUUGAUGCCAUUCCCGUUGUAUUCUUGGCACCGUGUGACUCGAUUCAAAGUACGAUGGUAGCAUAAGGUUUAUUGGUCUUCCCUCAGCUUUCAAAUGCGACGCAUAUUGCGGGUUUAGCCUACAAAGUACAUAUUUUUCUGAUUUUCUUAUUAGCCUUUAUCUUGUAAUACGAUAAGAGUGGUAUGAUUCGCUUUAAUGGGGCUAUAAUGGCUAGUUUUGAUGGGUAAGUAGCAGUGUCCCAAAAACAAGAGACUAUGCUAGUAAUUUCAUCACUACUACUAUUAUAACGCUUUGAUGGCUGCUACUGUUUCCAGUUAAGCCCCUUCUAAACGAAUAAGAAACGUCAUCCUCCAUUUGAUCUCAAACGGCGUGAUACAGAGGACUGUUUCAAGAGGCCCCUCUUCGUUUGUUUUCAAGGUCAUCUGCCACUUCAGAAGCAAGCAGUUGGAUGACAUUGCUUUGCGUAACAAUGCCAUUUCUUUCACUCGCCUCAUUCUUGGUUCGUUAAUGUGUGGCCCAGGAAAGAACCCGUUAAGUUCCUCACAGCUUAUCUCCAUUGCUCUUCGAGUCAUUCUCUCUCUUCGUGUGUCUUUUCGUAAGUCAAUCGGUCUCUGAAACUAACUCCGUAAGUGCAUAUUUUUCUGUUUUCGUCCUAUUUGAUACCAGCCCAGUUACCUCCGAAUAAUUUUUUGAUGCUAAUCUGUCGAUGUCGCCAUUGUUGUCGUUGUUAUUGUCAUUGUUAUUGUUGUUGUUGUUGCUGCUGUCGUCGUUGUCAUUGUCGUCGUCAUCGCAUCUUUCGUUAAUGUUAUUGCUCGUUGUUCUGUAGUUGCUCGAGUUUCUGUCCGUUGCUCUCUGUGCGUUCCAUACUUCAUGCGAGAUUGUUCAUAUAUCUCAUAUAUAUAUAUCAAAGCAAUAGCUGGUAGUUGGGUCAUGUGAGAGUGUCGUUGUGGGGUAGGCCGCGCUCACCUUUGGUACAGACGCCAGUUUUGCAUUACGACUGGUUAUAGAACCCUGGGGUGGAGCGGACCCGGGUAAGAAAAGGAGUUCUGGCGGUGUGUUUCGUUUCCAAAUGCGAGGAUGUGAUUCGCUAUUUGUCGGCUAUCGAGGGGCAGGAAUGAGAUCAAACAACAGGCGCAGAACGGGUGAAAAUGAUACUGAUGAUGAUGUUAGUGGUAGCUGUAGUAAACCCAAGGGUAGUGAUGAUGAUGUCACUCAGCUGUACAACGCCUUAUAUAUGUGGGUAAAGGUGUCUUAUGCGGGCGUCGCUCUGCGCCACUGUACAUCGGAGUGCGUGUGUAUGUGUGUAGGGGACUAACUCUCCUCUAUAACUAGCGUACUUUUUGGGUUUGCCUGGGAGAGGGGAGGAUGUUUAUCGGGGAGCUCCGAACACGAACCAUUUCUCGGCUGCGCUUGACGAAGUGUCGACUAGUGAAACCUACACGCUACGAUGAUGUUGGCGAAUGUUGUAUAUUGGCAAGUGUAUAUGGUUUAGUAAAUACUUGGCUGACUCGGUGUUUGAACGCUGGGCGGUCUCGCAGUAUCUGUGCCCUUUACUGCUUAUAGUGUGCCGGUACAAUGCUAACCGAACGCUUGUGUCGUACAAAACCAUAUUAUCUUUCCCAUGUUGCCUGCCCUGACAGUGUCCGUCACUUUGCCCAUUAAUUCCCGUUUUCCCCCUCUCCCAGUCACAAACAAGGUAAACCUGCCGGCCUUAAACCGUAGCGCUAGUAUUGUGGCUUCUUUCCUUGGCCAAGUCAUACUAGCUGCAUCAUUGACAUUGAUACGAGGUUCUACCGACCCAAUCCUCCUGUGAUUUUUGUCAUUUCGUGUCGCUGUAAAGACACGCAGACAUUUUUUUACUUGGAUUGACAAACGAGACUGGACGAGGUCCAAGUCGUAAUCUAUCGAUUGUAGCGGUUUGCAACGGGAACCUCUUUAUCAUUUUUUUGACUAGGCAAAGCGAAACGGACGAACACCAAGCAACGAAGCGCCUGCAUCUAUUACUAUUACAGCAUACGACGUAAGUCCUCAAAGAAGCGCACGUAAAACCAACAAGAAAUGACGACGUGGCACAAUCAUCCAGUUCGUUCAAUAGACGUGUCGAGCCGAACCAUUGGCCGAGGGCCCUAGCGACGUGUGAUGUAUGUAAGCGAAACAAACUCUAUCUGCGGCUCCUACUGUUACCCUAAUCAUAAGGUCGUCAUAUUGGCCCUUUUUCUGCGUAACCAACCACGUAGAGACCAUCACUCUAGUGUCAUCCGAACAGUUCCUUCUACGAUCUCCAAAGCGCGGGCAUCACUGCACUUUCUCUCCGUUCAAUAUCCCCGAGGCCUUACAAGCGUUACUUUAGAGUCGCGUCCACGAAGAGAGUGUCUGCGAAGACUGUUGCAACUCCACCAAUGUCAACUACAGUGGUUCGGCAUGCGACACAUCUGACGCGAUCGUCGUCCUCCCCAUUGUCGCAAUAACGUGCAGAGAUACUACUUACCGAUUGGUUGAAUCUUCAAUGUCAAAACAGGACGCUUCAAGAAGAUGGGGAGUUCUCGACCGACUAGGGACGUUGAAUAGCUUUUUUUGCUCACUUGGCCUUUUUCCCAGACAGUCGAUCGAGUUAUUCGUCUGAUUCUAACAUUUCGCAAAAUUGUACCGGGAAAUGUAAGAUAUAGGAAAGGAAGGAAGAAAAGAAAAGUGGAGAGAAAACGAACAGAGAAUUGCAGAACAAAAAGAACCGGAUGGAUGCUAGCGAAGAACGGUUGGUGGAGAGAGGGAGAGCGAGACACACAUGCAUACUGCGGGUAAAGGGGGAAAACCCGCGAGCGAUAAAAUGAUAAAAUAUCCCGUCAAUGAUGACAAGUGGAUGUCGGCGGUACGUUGCAUGAGCGACAAUGGCAGCUGCAAAAGAGCAGUACCUGACCCUUUCGGAAUCGAUCAGCUUUUGUGCCCAUCCCGUAUUCACGCCGAUUUUCCUCAUCGUUGACUUCAUCGUUAACAUUAGCUAUAACGACUGCGGCAAUACAUCGAAGUCGCUUGUGGUGCUUCUGCCUCAAUCCUGCAUCGGUCGGUCGGUCACCUUCCGUGGUUAUUGCCCAGUCAAUCUGACGGUUGUUUGGCGCGGUCGGACGGGGGCAAGAUGCACUAGACUAACAACGAAGGGAAGGGGAAUGGCUUUGAGAAUGAAGCCCUCAUUUUUGCCUGCUCGUGCAGAUCGGCAGAUCAUAAGGUGGGGUCGCCCCAAGGACACGACAGGAGCAUAAAAUGAUAGAGGGCUACGAAAGUUGCUCACGAACGAGAGUUCGGCGUGUUAUUACGGUGCGCCGCUGCUGCUGCAGCAGAAAGCGAUGGCAGCGACACUGGCUUUUAGGGAUCGAAUGGAAUCGAAUUUGUAACGAUCGUGCGAAUUCUAUGGCAACUAUAAAUAUAUUCUUGUGAUGCAAAACAGAAUCCUUGACGGUAACAACAGCUACAGUGGAACCUCAGCUGGGCACGGUGAGAACAACGACAACAACGACGACGAAAUACAAUCAGACGGAACCAACUUCAGCGAGCUAUCGCUGUGCUGCCAGAUGCAGGUAACUGCUUAUCUUCAGAGCUUGGCCUGUGGGUGCGCGGACGUAUAAACGCAUCGAGCGUCGAUGUGACCGGGUGUCCUGCCUCGCUGCCUUCCCAUCAGUUUGCCUCUGUCUGAAUGAACGAUAGGAACUCUGGCCAAUGCAGGACAAGAACAUUGUAAAGAUAUCUGCCGGAGCUUGCGUAGAUCAGGCCAUGAGUGACGCUUCAUUCGUUAGUUUGAACUGAGAACUGUUGCUCGGUCGGAUCUGGAUGGCAUGCACCAUGUAGGUCUACUUGUGCUGCCUCAACUGCUACCAGUCAGUCAGUUGCCAUGAAAAUCCGGUCUAACGAAAAACGGCCUCAGAGAUAUACAAACAGUUCAGUCGCUGAUUUUGAAGACGCGAGCAAGAGAAAACUAACGAAGCAGCCCGCUAUUUUUGCUUAUGAAUGCAUUUACUGGACAAUUUUUUUUGACUACUUGCGGAGCGCAAGCUUUUGCCUAGCAGCCUGCCAAAAUAAUAUGUACAAUGACCAUAUAAAAGCCGGUUAGGACAUCGUUGAUUCCAAUGGGUUCGAACAGCACUACUCGAAUAUAACAGCGUUACAGGUUAGUCUAUCUCUUUGACAACGUCGCGGAAGUUAUGCGGUGCGACAUAUAAGAAGAAUAGAGAUGAUAUUCAGGGAAAUCGACCUACACGUAGAUACAGCUGGAAGUGAUGGAGGACAUGACAAGGGGGGUUUCAACAAGUUGCAGUAAUGCAUGCAGCGGUAGAGCUAUAGAAGACGAUAAGGUUCACAAACGAUUUGCGCCCUUCUGAGCCAGUGCUGAAUGAUUCAAGUUUGCAUGCCCCCCCCCCCCCCGCCUCCCACUUUCCCCUACCUCCCCUGAGUUCUUGAUCUCCCGUCGAAUGUACUGCUGUGCAUAUACGGGGAGAAAAGGGAAACCGAUCUCGUCUUUAAUAUGAUUCUUAUUAAAACUAAAAAACGAAGAUGACUGAUCAUUUCUAAUUAUUGCAGUAUUCUCUAGAACGGAGAUGACAAAAAGCUACUAUUGCAAAUCACGAAUCUACGUCCCGCGCUUUACAUCCAUCCUACUGUCCGGCCAAGCCGCCCCAAGGCGCUGAAUAAACACUAAACAAAACCAACAAAUGAACGAUCCCAGUAUCUUAAAAGUUGCACAUUUACAUCCCGAUGAUUGGUAACGUACGCCAUAGCUAGUGUCGCACUUACCACGACAUUGCUAGCGAUGCCUCGCUCUCAAUUUGGCGUUCGUAACGAUGGUUAUCGACUAACCUUACUUGCGACGAAGGCAAUCGUUAAACCCACCCGCAGACAAAACGCCAGCGCCAUACGCUGAGUGGCAAACGAUAGGUUCUUUGCGCGACCGCUGCUCGCAUGUUGUCUUUCUUCUAUCAGCCAACCUUGUUAUUUACGAAAAAGGGAAGCGCGAAAUUACUCACUUGAACCUGAGCUGUCUAGAAGCUUAUUACGAUAUAUACAUAUAUAGUUAUUGAUCCUAGGUAAUCCUAGCUGAGAGCUAACUCGCUUCGGCAAAUUCCUUCUUCUCUCGGCCAGCUGAUCUUGUCUUCGGAUGUCUACUAUAUCCUUCUGUUCUUGUUUGACUGAUUGACAAUAGACAACGUUUGACAAUAAGACCAGACUAUAAAACUAGAAGAAGGUAAUGGUGAUGGUAACAAUUAAAGCGAUAUAACAACCAGCUAUGUAUAUAAAACAAGAAUUGUGUUCUGCUACUUAAAUGGGUGUUAAGAAAGCUUGGCAGGGCCAUUUCAGAUAAACUUGACGUAGCCGUUGGCCGUCAUCGAGGUCAGCAUCACAUGCUGCUUUAAUGGCAAAUGAGUGCUGAGUGAAGAACAUGACUGAGUGAAUAAAAUGAUGGUAAUGCUAGUUCAAGAGCGAGAAGGUAAGGUAGAUAUGGAUAGAAAAUACAAGGCAGACAAGGGAAAAGCACAAGUGCACACAUUUACAUAAGGUAAAUCAGUUGCACAUGAGGAGGUACGGAGACGCCGUUGUCAUAUGACGUGGACAAUACGCCGCACAGUCGAGAGAUAAACGAUGAGUUGUUCCCGUUAAAGCGGGAGAUAUUGCUAAGUGAUGCCGUAAACAGUGAUAAAAAUUCGAAUGUAGGGAGAGAGAGGUUUAGAGGUUUCAUGCGGAUGAGUGUGUGUGUGUGUGUGUGUUUUGCUGUAUGAUGAUGCGGGUCCCCCUCAGGCGUCGAAACGCCAUCGUUUGUUUACAUCUGCGUUAUACGCAGAAGAAAGGAGAACAUGGAAGGAAAAGUGACAUGUAUAUGGGAGAGACCAACAGAGAGAGAGAGGGAAAAGCGUGUCAUGGACGAGCACAGACGAUGAAAUGCUUGAAAAUAGCGAUUAUCAUUUGUAUUAUGUCUACUUUUAUAUGCAGGAUAAACGAGAAACGAAGACGUACAGAUAUAUUUAGGAAGAGAAAGUAAGAGAUUGUGGAGAUAAUUAUUCAAUAUAAUGCAUUAUUAUCGAGACCGUGUUAAUGACAAAACUAGUAAUAAUUGCCUCUCGACUAGCGCGAAAACAAGAGAUGCGAACGAGAGUACUAUAGCGCGCAGGGUAUAAUAGCAAAUAGACAAAAAUAUAAAUCAACAAAAAACAAAUCUGUCACAUUAAGCACACACAUGAAGACAUACACAUGACAGAAGCGAUACAUACAACAUAAUACAUCACAAAACAAGCUCCAUUGCGAUACAGGGAAAUAGUACAUCGAAUAGCGAGAAUGAUUACAAAGUAGAAGCAGAAGCAGAACAAACGCGAACGCGAAUAACAUCCACUUCGAAUAACAGCGUAAACAAUGAGACCGAUCACAAAAAAAUGUUACAAUUAACUUAGUACGAGAUCAGCUGCAUAGGGAUUAAGCAUAGAAAAACUAUUGUGUCAGGUAUAUUGAGCUGUAUAAUGAUAUACUGUCAUUGUGUUAACAUCCUCUCCUUUAGUGAUCCGUCAACAAAUAAGAGACGUUCAUAGCACAAUUAUAUUAUAUAUAUAUAUUGUUUACUAAACUGCUAUUUGGCGAGGAGGAGUUGGGCACGAUGUGGAGUUCGAGAAUUGGAAUAAUGUGGUAGGGUAGCGAUAACAAACACGUGACACUAUCUUUUGGACAGGGACGGAGACAGAUAUUGGCAUUCAUUAGUACUAUUGUUGUUCCUUUACUUCUCCUCACGUUCCUCUAAUUUUUGUUGCUGAUUGAAACCGAUGAAUUAAUUGGGAAAAAAAAUAGCCGAAAAAGUUGACGACCAUAUAAGGCGACGAAGUACGACUAAAACGUUUGAGCAGAAGCAGCCGACUAAAAGCAAUACCCUCUGCGGCAACAAAGUAGACAAGAAUUCAUUAGAAAAAUACCGAACGCUGAAUUUUGAAUUCUCCGCCUUCAGUAUGUUAGCUGUCAACGAACAGUUGUAUCUGAUGAAGCCAAGCCGUGGCGGAAAUUCUGACGGUUGUCAUUCGGAAUUUUUAGCGGAAAUGUUUGUCGGAAAGGGCACGUACAUGAUACUAUAUAACUAGUUAACGAGACUGGUCCUCUCUCAAAUUAUCCAAAACUCUUACAUAAGUCAGUUAUGAGGCAAAACGUGACUAACGCUAAAUCCUAGUGGAACUAGGCAGCAUAAAUCAAAUUACACAGUUUUCAUUGCAAGUUGCUUCAUAAAAGCAACAGAUAGAUGGUCUAUAAAUACAUCGCCUAGCUAGCAACUGGCAACGAAACCAUUAAUGCUUCUCUGAGUUUAACCAUAUUAACGAUUUGUUUUCUGUAGAUAGCGUGAGGUCACAGAGCCAGUGUUUGUCGAGCCACUCACUGCUUUUUUCUUCUGCUGUCAGGACAGAUGUAGGACAAACAGCACGGCCAUCGAGAUCUUCCAGACUGCUCUUGCAACGCGUGCAGUGUUCCUUAUAAAAAAAAUCGUUAAUAUCAUUAAGUAAAUUGAGCAAAGCAUUAAUGGUUGAAUUGCUUGUUACCAGCUAGACGAUCUCGGCUGAAUAAAUCUGCAUAAAUCAGUAAACGAUAUAACUUAUAAGACCACCAGCGUACGGUUUGACAUUCUUGUUUCUAACUGCAUUUCUAAAAGAUAUCACCAUUCUGGCACGAUGUAACUCUCCAUACAAAUACGUUAUCGUCUAGUUGCUUCUCUGCGCGGUACGCGCGAAAUGAGGUCGCAAAUGAGAGUUGUCAUUUGGAGUGAACUGCAGGAUGGACGACACACGUUAAAAUACGUUCGCCGUCAGCUAGGGUAAACGAUACAAUUAUAUUUAUAGUCGCAUUAUUGUUGUUGUUCUAUCCGACGUAAAUAAUAAAUGAGGCAUGAGUUGACCAUUGCGGCGAACGACAGCGGCUAUCUAAUCACUGUCAUUGAUAACUAAGCAACUCGUUGAUGACGAGCCGAUUGUAGUAAGUCGAUGACAAUGAAAGGGUCUGAAAAGAGUGAAUGAAUGUCUGCGUGGGUCUCAGUAAAACGCUGAGGGUAACACGCUAAGGGAAUAUAUGACUGACAUUUUGGUGCGUUCAAGGAUCUGGGAGAUUGAAGUGUAUGUAGGAUGAAUUGUGUGUGCGCUUACACGAGACGAAGUUGUCAAAAGUAAAGAACGAGACAGAAGGGGACGGAAUGUGCCAGUACGUAAAAACAUCGGUCCCGCGGUGGUGACGCAAGUUCUGGAUAUCGGCCAGACUGAACGCACUGAAUGCGCAACGUUACUGAUCCGAUAAUUCAAGGAAAAACACGGCGAGGUCAUUCAUGAAUCGACGACGGAAGGACUGAUUGUUAAUGUAGUUUCCUGAUGACAAUGAGUCAGAUUUCUGUAAUAGUGGUCAUGACCGCGGUGGCCCUGUAUGGAUAUCGAGUCAAUCAUUGCACCUUCCAUGAUGACCAGGGUAAGAUACCAAGAGAACAGACCGAUUGGAAGUGUGCCUCCCUUAUUUCAGCUUUAUAUAUUAUGCUGAUUUUUCCUCAUCAUCGUGACGAUACUUUAGAACACUUUUUUCAAAAUCAUAUCAUCUCGCUUGUUGACACUUAAUAUAGACUAGGCUAAACGCACAGUUCGACGAAGGGCAGAUACGAUUUCAAUGAUACUAUAACAAUGGACGGCAGACUUUUAUGUGCACACAUUUCGCAAACGCACCCUUCGUUCAUUCACCUAACAUUCAGGAGUUUUCUUUUGUUUUCCGAUAUUAAGACACCGAGAAAAACGUGUAUGAAUCAAAGGAGCGGGCAGCAUUCCGAUAUACGUUUGGAGCAUUGCCAUAGCUAAGCUGAGCUUUUCACAAUUACUGUUUGGUACAUAGGCAGGGCAAACAGUGGCGCUUUUUCGUUCUUAAGAAUCCGAAUUAGCCUUAAUCGAGUUUGAUGUUUACUUUAGCGCGAGUUCACCCGGUGAUUUGCUGGGCAAGGCAAUUUGCGGGUGCACGAGAGAGACUCAACCCCCAACAAUUUUACUGGCUUUAUUUGGGUCACUAGAAUGCUUGCUACUCGAAUCUUGCCGUACGGACUUGCUUGCCAAGCUCUAUGAGAGUUACGAGGAACAUUAGGAUGUGCGUAGGAUCAUGCGUAAGGGCACGGUCGCUGCAAGAUUAUAGUAUCCGAAGCACCGCAGCCUCACUGCAAUUUUCCGCCUCAGACCAGGACAGAAGAAGCACAAGUGUGCGUGUGAAUGCGAGUUGUCGCAUCAUAAAGUCUGUCUGUCUCUCUGCCUCCGGACCGCUUGGAUCGGAUCGAUAGCAUGCGAUAGCUACUGAGUGAAAACGUUACAAAUGUAAUUUAGUAAGAAAGGCUGUUAGGUCUGUACGUAUGUAUGUAUGUAAGUACAUGUGUACUGUGUAUGUGUGUGCGUGUGUAUGCAGUUGUGCCAUCUAUCAACAACAACAGUAAUAAUAGAGACAAUAAAAUAAAAAUGAUGACAAUGAUGAAUAAUAUUACAAACAAUGUUUAGGAAGAGUUGACAUGAAACUGCACAUUUUUGCUCGCAUACGCGGUUAAAAUAAUAAUAAUAAUAAUAAUAGUAAUAACAACAACAAUUCAUAUUAUAGAGAUGCUACGAAGCGAAAAACGUUAGUUAAGAGGAAAAAUGGGACAGAAGGAUAAAAAAAAUAGUCAAAAAGCUGAAAA